AUUCAAUAAAAUUUCUGAAGAACUUCCUGAAUCACCUACUCCUCAAAUCGCUCCUAAAAUUCUUUUUCCCAAUUUCUCUCUGCAACCAAACCCAAAUCUCGAAAUUAUUCCUUAUUCUCAACAUACACACUACUGCACGAUUU